AUGUUCCAUCUGUUCCCUGCAUCCCCUGUGGUUCCUUUCGAUGCUGGCGGGCCGUUGGCGUCCGACAUUAACACCCAGGCUGACCAUUUGCCAGAGCAGCGCUCGCAAAUGCCCCUGGCGUCACACGAGGUUCCAUCUACUAAGCUCCGCCUGGCGCCGCUUUUGAAUUUGAAGUGCCCAGCCACUUUGACGUCCACAGCAGCCUGUGGCUUCUCUCGCUACUCUUCGAGCAUCUCCGAUAACCAGCAGCAUGUGGGCAUCAUACAUCUGCUCCAGGCACCGACGGAUAACACCCGUCCCGCGUUCAAGGCUUGAACCCCAUCGAGGAGUCAUAUGCGCGACAAAUACAACAUCACACUCCAACUGCAUAGAAGCACCGAACUUAUUUUCAUCCCAUCCUUUGUCUUGAUCCUUUAUUUUGUAAAGUUAAAAAAGCUAGGUGGUUAGAUAUUGGCUUACGCAAACCUUUUUCCCCUAUUCGCCAAAGUAUUUGCCUUCAAGUUAUGGAUAAACCUCGCGUGGCUCUCGGAGAAGGCAAGAUCGCUGAAUAUAUUAAUACCUAUCCAACCGC